AUGGAGCUGGGAACGGAUAAGUGUGCGGUCCUCCAUGUCGAAAGGGGAAGGGUUGCUAACUCUGAGGGCAUAGACUUGUCUAUGCCUAUCAACACAAAGAUCCUAUCCGAGGCUGAAACAUACCGAUACCUGGGUAUGUCACAGAACAUAGGUAUCGAUGAGGCGGACAUGAAACAGUCAGUUUGUGAUGUGUUUUAUGCUCGCUUGACAAAAGUGCUUAAAAGUCUUUUGUCGGGCGUUAAUAAGACACACGCAUAUAGCGGUUGGAUCAUGCCUGUUCGCAUGUAUACAUUUGGAAUACUCAGGUGGACUCAGGUUGAAAUGAACGCUCUGGAUACAAAAGUCCGCACUAUUAUGACGUCCCACAGGAUGCAUCAUCCGAGAUCGUCACAAAUCGAGCAGCGUGCCGUCAUUAAGUACCUCCAUAAGAAGGGGCUAUCAUCAAAAGCCAUCCAUGAUGACAUGGUCAGUACAUUAGGCGAUUGUGCUCUGUCAUAUUCAUCCGUCAAAAAAUGGAUAGCAGAAUUUAAGCGUGGUAGAGAGAGUGUGAAAGAUGAACCCCGCUCUGGAAGGCCUUCGACGUCAACUACUGACGAAAAUAUUAAAAAAGUACUUGAUUUAAUAAUGGGAGACCGCAGAUUAAAAAUUAGAGAGAUAGCCGAGAUUAUAGGCAUCUCUUAUGAACGAACUCAAAACAUCAUUGUCAACGAGUUGGGUUUCCACAAGGUGUCUGCGAGGUGGGUUCCGCGACUGCUUUCAGUUGAACAAAAAAGAACGCGAUUGACUAUUUCACGCGACUGUUUGGAGUUAUUUAAAGCCGAUGCAGAUGAUUUUUUGAAUCGUUUUGUUACUAUGGACGAAACAUGGGUUCAUUACUGUACACCGGAAACAAAACAACAAUCAAAACAGUGGAGAAGACCUGGUUCACCACCCCCUAAAAAGGCUAAGUCGAUUUUGUCGGCAAAUAAGGUGAUGCUGUCAGUAUUCUGGGAAUCGAAAGGUGUGAUUAUGAUUGAUUAUCUUGAAAGGGGUCAGAAUAUAAACUCUGAUUACUACUGCACCUUGAUACGUCGUUUACGAGAGGAAAUAAAAGAAAAACGUCGAGGAAUGCUCAGAAGAAAAGUCCUGUUUCAUCAAGAUAACGCCCGUGUUCACACGUCAGUACAGUCAAUGGCUGAAAUUCACAACUGUGGCUUUGAACAGCUGUUACCGCAUCCGCCGUAUUCACCUGAUCUGGCACCAACAGACUUCUUUCUGUUCCCUAACCUAAAAAAGCACUUGGGAGGUCAAAGAUUUUCGACAAACGACGAGGUCAAAGCAGCUGUAGACGCAUAUUUUGACUCUAAGGAAGAAUCAUUUUUUUUCAACGGUCUAAAUGCUUGGAAGGGGAGGUGGCAAAAGUGUAUUGAACUUGAUGGUGAUUAUGUAGAAAAAUAA